AUGGUAGUGGAGAUGAGGGUGACUCUGAUCUUAACUGAGUAUGAGCUACAAAACACCAAAGAUCUGCUGCACAAAAUAGAGGCUGACAAUGAGGCAGAGCUGACAGCAGUGAAGAACAGACUGGCAGCCGCUGAGACUGAAGCUGCAGCACAAGAGGCAGAGCUGGUAGAACUGAAGACAAGGAUGGACACUGAUGAAGCCCAAGUGGAGACCGGACUGUCUGCUAUUCACACAGAGAGCCAGAGCAUUGGGGCUGCUGCUGCUGAUACAGCCACUACCGAGCUGGACGACUCUGAUGAGCUCAGGGAACUCAGAGACAUGGUAAUGGAGCUGAGGGUGACUCUGAGAUUCACUCAGGAUGAUCUGCACAAAAUAGAGGCUGAAAAUGAUGCCCAAGACACAGAGAUGACAGCUGUGAAGACCAGACUGGCUGCAAGUGAAACUGAAGUGGUGAAUCUGAAGAAAGAAGCUGCAGCACAGACAGCUGAUCUGAGGUCAGUUAUUGAGAGACUGGCAGCCACUGAGACUGAUAUGGAGGCCGUGAAGAAAGACACUGCAGCACAAGAGGCAGAGCUGGUAGAACUGAAGACAAGGAUGGACACUGGUGAAACCCAAGUGGAGAUCAGACUGUCUGCUAGUGAGACUGAGGUGGAGAAACUCAAAAUGGAACAUGCAGCACAAGAGGCAGAGCUGACAGCAGUGAAGAACAGACUGGCAGCCACUGAGACUGAAGUAGUGAAUCUGAAGAAAGAGAUUAGAGAGAAACCCAAAGUGGCAUUCUCAGCAGGUCUGACUAACUCAGGAAGAAUAGAGUCUGGGACCACUGAGCUGAACUUGGUCUUCACUAGAAUCAUCACCAAUGUUGGACAGGCCUACAACGACAUGACCGGCUACUUCACAGCUCCAGUCAGGGGAGUCUACUACUUUAGAUUCACAGUCAUGGACUUCCCAGAACACUAUGUGCAAAUCAGGAUGUAUAAGAAUGGAAAGGAGGUCAUGUUUUUGUGGGAGAGAAAUUCUGAAGGUCCAUCCUAUGUCUCCAGUGGUGUGACUCUGCAGUUGGAGGCGGGAGAUGUAGUUAACAUGAGACUCCCUAAAGGCUACAAGCUCACUGAUAGUUCUAAUAAUCACUGCACUUUCAGUGGCUUCCUGCUCUUUCCUCUUUGAAGGAAACACACUGCCAUGUGCCCAUGUUGUCAAAUGAUAAAUGAUAUGCUUCAUGAUCAUGCUCAAAUAAAGCACUUUUAAACUUGAA